UAGGAGUAGAGGAGUGAAGAGUAAAACUCCGGUCCACUGCUCCUUCAUCAGCAUGCUGAGAUCCGCACAGAGCAAAGCAGAAGAGUUGAUCAUUACCCUCCAACUCAGUAACUGCAUGACCUGUUGCGCCUGGGCUUCAACUGUGUCGCUGUAAUCUGGUGGAUUUAUGAGAGAUUGGAUGGUCUGUUUUGAGUAUGCGUUCUCCGAGUGUUUGAGCCAUGGGAAUACAAUUAAUAGGAUUAUUCUGUCUGCUUGGGUGUUGUGAACUUGCGCCAGUUCUCGCGUCCAGGAGCCCCUUCAGGCUUAGGAAUAACAGCAGCACUCUCUCUUCUAAUAAUGCACUCAGGACCAGCACUGAGAGCACACUGUCUCUUCUGGCUUACAGCAAAGUCUUCAAUAAAGUUCACAAGGAUCCUGUGCAAUGGAAAGACGGUUUGGCAUUAAAUGUCUCCAGGACGUUUAAGGUAAAGGUUGUGAAUUAUGAGUCCCAAACCGGCCAUGUGGAUGUUCCAGGCGUCAGGAUGGACAUUAACCGCGGAUUACUUGCAAACACAGAUGAACCGUCAGUCACGUUUGCUGACAGCAGCCUGUCCUCGAUACACACACUUACUGGAAAGCAAAUGAAAGCUCCUGGUGUGUAUCGGCGACCCAGAAGAGCUCCAAGGACUAAUCAAAGUGAAGCAGGAUCAAUAGUUGAGAAGUUGGAAAGCCCCCCUAAUGCAUCAGCUCAGAAGCAGUCCACAGAGCUGCCGACACACGUCCCUGCCUCCGCGUACCCUGAGGAGGAAGAGGACUACAUGGACAUCACUCCACUCGGCCCUAUUAACACCCGGCCCAGAGGUCCCGGACUUCCCAACCCGUUUUAUCCAGUCACAGGGGAAUCAUACGCUGCCUAUGCGAUUAUAUUAGUGUCUGUAAUCGUGUUCACAGCGGGGAUAAUCGGCAAUAUCGCAAUCAUGUGCGCCGUGUGUCAUAAUUACUACAUGCGCAGCGUCUCAAACUCACUGCUUGCCAAUUUGGCCCUGUGGGAUUUCCUCAUCACCUUCUUCUGCUUACCGUUAGUGAUAUUCCACCAGCUCACCAAGGACUGGCUGCUUGGAGAGGUUUCCUGUAAAAUUAUCCCCUACUUUGAGGUGGCUUCCUUGGGUGUAACUACUUUUACCCUUUGUGCUUUGUGUAUCGACCGUUUCCGAGCCGCAUCUAAUGUGCGGAUGUACUACGAGACGAUCGAGAACUGUGCCUCCACAGCAGCUAAGCUUGCUGUGAUCUGGUUGGGGGCUCUAUUGCUUGCACUGCCCGAGCUGCUAAUCCACCAGCUGGUAACGGAGGAGAGAGAGGUGCCUGCUGAGGAGCUCCCUGAGGUGGCUAAUAAGAUGCUACCCAUUGAGCGCUGUAUAAUCCGCAUCUCCACAACACUCCCUGACUCCCUGUAUGUGCUGGGACUUACUUAUGACGGAGCUCGUCUAUGGUGGCACUUUGGCUGCUACUUCUGCCUGCCCACUGUUUUCACUAUUAUCAGCUCGGUGGUAACGGCACGCAAGAUGCGCCAGGCUGAGAGGACGAGUGUUCGAGGCCAGCGUGAGCAGAUCCACCAGGAGAGAAGAAUGAACUGCACAGUAGUGGCUCUUGCCAUCCUCUAUGGGAUAUGUGUGAUCCCAGAGAACAUCUACAACGUUGUCUCGACGUACAUGGCCGCUGGAAUGCCACGUCACACCCUGGACGUCCUACAUUUGCUUAGUCAGAUUUUGCUGUUUUGCAAGUGCGCAGUGACACCUGUGCUGCUGCUAGCGCUUUGUCAGCCUUUCAGGAGAGCUUUUUUGCACUGCUGCUGCUGCUGCCUAGAGGAAUUCGGCCCACCAAAGUUCUCUAAUGGGACGAGUGACAACAACGAGAACGAGGUCACUACUGAGCUGGAGCUCUCGCCUUAUAGCACAGUGCACAGGGAAGCGGCAAGCUAUACACCUGUAAGCACACACUGCUAGGAGACUUGGAAACCUGUGCACAUACUGUUCUAUACCCCUCCCAUAAAUACACUCUAUACCAAAUCACACCCAAACGGAUACAACCAAUGGCAUGUACUACACUAUCAGUCAUGUCAUACUACAGACUAUAAAGUGCUCAGACUUACUGAACAGACCACUGUAACAACACACCCGCCACAUUUUGGGAAAGGACUGGCAACAAAUAGACUCCAUAAAGCAAUUUACAGUAUUAUUACAGGCAGAGAGUAUUUCUUAGAGUCUUAGCUGCUCGUUACUGUUUACAAAAAGAAAGAAACAUGAUCAUUAACUAUAGUUUCAAUGGAGGUCAUAGGGAUUAUGAUUAAGAUUUAACUCACUUUUUUGUUUGAACAAUUGUGUUACAUCUACAUGACGAAAGUUUACAUCUUUAAUUCGUUGCAAACACAACAUAGUAUUUUUCUAAGACUCACGGAUAGUAAUGUUAAAAUAGCUGGUAGUUAAUACAUUGGUGGGUAAUGGGAAAUGAUGAUGAUUCAUAUGGACGCCUGGCUGCUUUGCUAUGUGCGCAUUAUGCUUCUUCUGUAUUUAGUGGCAGGAACAACUGCAGCACUUCAGCUGACACUGUAAAAUAAAGUCUGAUAUUUUAGUAAAAAUAUUGUUUUAUUAGAAAAACAAAAAAAAGUCAAUAGAAAAGAAGUCUGAUGACAGAUUCAUAUAAACCUAAUAAUUUAGUCAAAUCCACAAUGUGCUCAUUUGAUUUAUUGAUGCACAUUAUGUAUUUGUUUACUAGCUGUUUUCUUUCAAAGUGGUUUCACAACACUGGGAGAUUCAGUCUUGGUAAAGGCGUUGGUCUUAUACAUGACAUCAGUGCUAUACAGUAUGAGUGUACACAGAAGCUAUUGUCUUAAGCUGGUUGCCAGAGCAACAUUAGGCAUCCAUAAUGAAAAGGUCUGUUUGCAUCAGUGGCAGCCAUGAAGAAAGAGCUUAGCUGUGAGAGGAAAGAUGUAGGAAGUGCUUUUUUUUUUUUGGUGAACUGGACAUUUGGAGCUCGGUAAUUACAGUCUGCAUCUUUACCCCAAAGGAGUAGAGCAUCUCUGUUGAGUUUACCACACACCCCAUUUUUUAUUCAAGUUAAAACUGAGAAGAUAUUUCAUCAUAUUGUGAUUUUGGAACAGACAAAUCAAAUAUCUGCAAUGUUUUGGCUUUGGUAUAGACAGAUGCCAGUCUCUUGUUAUAUCACAUCAAA